AUGUUUUCUACUUUCACAGAUCAAAAAUUAACAGUUAAUGAGCUUAAGCGGAAACUUGAACCAUACAUAAUUGAGGGAGAAAGUCAUCUUCGUGAAUCAUUAUGUGGUUCUUCAGCUCUUCCUGAUGAUGUUUUAGAUAUUUCGAUGUAUUUAAAAUUUGUGAAUCGUGAGAAUGAGAUCAAGCAGUUGAUGGGAAACAUGAAAAAUCUUCAUGUUCUUAUUAAAAAUCUCAAAAGUUAUGCCGAACCAAAGAAACAAAUUGCAUUCCCUAUCGCUGUAGGGACAGCAGGGAAGGGGAAAACUACAUUUGCAAGAAAGGCAUAUGAUAAAAGAAAGAUUUAUGCUGAUGGCAUAUCGGAUGAACUUCAAAUGAUUUUAGAUGAUUGCUUGGAUGCUGGUCGAUCUUUUCGGGUUUCAUGUGAUAGUAUGGAUAUUGAAGAGUUUAAAAACCCUGAAAUGGUUGAGACAUUAUUUGGAAAAAGUUUGCUUUAUGAAGCUUUAAAAUAUCAUCUGAAAGGGAUUCAAAAUUUCGAUGAAUUUUGUAAAGUUAUAGGAAAUGAUUUGAUCUCUCUUUGUGAAGUUUUAAAAACAAUCCUAAUUUACAAACCAAGUGAAGAAAACUUGUCUUUGCCUCUCUUCAUUAUUAAUAUAGAUGAAACAAAUGUACUUUUUGAGGGAGGCCAAUCCAAGUCACUUCGAAAACUUUUAAGAACGCAUGCAAGCUCUUUAUUUGAUUCAAUUACAUCUUCUGGUGCUCGUAUUGAAGAAAUAUCACUGCCAUUACUUAGUUCAGAACAUGCACAAGAAGUGAUCUUAGAUUUAGCAAAUCGGAAUCAAGAAAAGAAAGUUGGUGAAAUUUCUUCAAAUCUAAAACAUAUAAUCAGUCUUCUUGGUGUUGUUGGUCGUUAUCUAGAAAUAAUGAUAUUUGAAAUGGCUAUCCUUGGGUUCGGUGCCAAGGGGAAUAAAAAUACAUUGGAAACAAAGUUUUAUCAUGAAGGAUAUCGUUAUUUUUUGGUAAAUUGUCAAUAUGAUCAUAAUUAUUGUACAACUCUUCUUAGAAGAGUGAAAGAUAAGCUAAAUAGAGUUUAUUCACGUUACUACAAUGCAUACACAUCACAAGAGAAUAUUGAAAUUAUCCCUCAAUUACUUGCAUAUACUUUAUUUGGGUGGAAAGUUACUCGAACAACUACAUUAGGAAAAAGAAAGAUUCAGGAUUUGGAAAUAGAUGAGUUGAUUUUCCUGAAUAAAGAUAAGUUUGUACUCCCAUUUCUCACUUUACAGCAAGUUUAUCAUCAUUUUGAUCACAGCAAGUUGCCAGCUAUUAAACUUCUUCAGUCUGUAGAAAAUACACUUUCAUCAGAUGAAAACGAGGCACUGACAUUAUCAAUAAUGGUUUUUCGUCUGUGGGGAAUAUAUUAUAAAUCUAUCAGUGAUAAAAAAAUUAUUGAGGGUCAAAGAGGAAGUUGUUGGCUUUCUGAUCUGGUUCCAUUGCGGAAAGGACAGUCAGAUAAAUUUAUUGAGUUUGAACCCAAAUUUGUUAUACAUUCAACUCCUUAUAGAGUUGAUAAAGACUAUUGGAUUCAAUUUUUUAAUAAUUAUUCAAAAGAAUUGAAUAAGAAAUGUAUUGCUUUUCACAACCUGCCAAAUGCAUCCUUUUCAGAUGGAAUCAUAAUUACAGAUCCACCUAUAUUUAUUCAAGAUAAACAAGAAGUUAUCAGUCGAAAAAAAGAAAUCAUUGGACAUUUGCCAAAUAUUCUGGGUAAAGGAGUUGUAAAAUUUGAACAUAAAAAGGUAUUAGAUGCAAAUGUUGGGGAACAUAUUUUUGUUUUUAUCACCGGUGCUCAUGCACGUAAUGAUGAAACUUAUUAUAAUAAUGAAGUUGUGAUAACUUCAGAAAAUAGAAGUGAUUUUUAUGGAGAUAUUUUAGCAAGAAUGAAACUGUAUUCUAUUGGGCGAAGUUAA